UUCACCAUUCAUCACAAGUCUACGGAAAACACUGCAACUUCUUGGGCUUACUGAGUUUUCUCUACAUCUUUUUUAUGACUUCCAUUCCAACAAUCUUAUACUGUUGACAGAUGGCAUUACCAAUAAAUUGGUGGGAUGCAAGUCCGAGAAAGCGGAUGAAAGCGAAACUAUUUUGGUCAGAGUAUAUGGAAACAAAACCGAUUUGCUCAUCGACAGGAAGGCAGAAACAAGAAAUAUAAUUUUAUUGAACAGGGCAGGACUGGCCCCUGAUCUUUUUGCAACUUUUGAUAAUGGCUUAGCCUACCGGUUCAUUCCUGGAAAUACUUUAAACUGUGAUACCAUAAUUCGACCAAAUAUAUACUACUUGGUUGCCAAAAGGAUGGCAAACUUACACAACGUGUUAAGAGAAGAGAAAGUUCAACCUGAACCUUUGAUAUGGAACAAAUUACAGCAGUUUCUGGAUCUGGUCCCAGAUGUUUUUUGUGAUGAAGAGAAACAGAAAAGGUAUCAAACUUCUGUGACGCAUAAGUCUAAAAUAAUUCAAGAAGCAAUGGAAUUGAGGAGCAUUCUAGAAAAACUCAAUACUCCUAUUGUAUUCGCACAUAACGAUCUACUUUUAGGAAACGUAAUUUAUACUGAAAGCAAAGAUACUGUAACUUUUAUAGAUUAUGAAUACGCUGGUUUCAACUACCAGGCUUACGAUAUAGGAAACCAUUUCAUAGAAUUUGCAGGUAAGUUUUUCGAACACAAACUGAAAUUACUCAACGUGCUGAACUAAUAAAUCUUGAUUACCAACA